AUGUCAGCGUACGCGCAAUUCGGAUACUCUUAUCCGUCGGCAUCUCAGUUGCUAGUAAGCGGAGGACAGCCAACAACAGCUACAUCCCCGGCAGUAUCGUCUGGAGGAGCUUUGAGUCCUAGCGCACUAUCACCAUCAUCAAAUGCCCGGACAACGAGUAGCGCAGUACCCGGUGGAUCUGGAGGCGCUGAAACCCCAGUUGGGAGCUCCACCGGUGCUGGAUGUUGUGAAAAUGGAAGACCGAUGAUGACCGAUCCGGUUACCGGACAAACUGUAUGUUCGUGUCAGUACGACAGUGCAGCGCGUCUGGCCCUUGGGGCUUAUCCAAGACUGGGCCCUCCAGCCACCUCUUAUUCGACGUACCCUACACCAACACCCUCGGCGACUGAUCAGGGACCCUAUCCCAGUAUUGGAAUGGACAGUUCUGCUUUCUACUCACCUCUUGGAAAUCCUUAUGGACUAAAGGAUGCAACGGGGAUGGGAAUGACGGCGGAUAUGGGCGCAGCCUGGGGCACGGCGGCAUUACAACCCGCCGCGACUGGAUACUACCCCUAUGAUCCAACGUUAGCUGCUUAUGGAUACGGAGCUGGAUAUGAUUUAGCGGCACGUCGGAAAAAUGCGACGAGAGAAUCUACGGCGACGCUAAAAGCUUGGUUAAAUGAACAUAAAAAAAAUCCGUAUCCGACUAAAGGCGAAAAGAUUAUGCUGGCAAUAAUCACCAAGAUGACUUUAACUCAGGUGUCGACGUGGUUUGCUAAUGCAAGGAGAAGGCUCAAAAAAGAAAAUAAAAUGACGUGGGAGCCCAAGAACAAAACUGACGAUGACGACGACGCGAUACUUACUGACUCUGAAGAUAAUAAAGACAAGGAUGAUAUGGCCAGUGAUCACCGAAGUGAUCGCGUUGGAGAUGAUUCACAACGCAGUCUAGAUGACAAUGAACCAAUUCGGCACGUAAAAGCUGAACAUAUGCACCACGAUAAAGAUCUCGAGGAUGAUGAUGACUUGGACUUGGAAGAGGAUCCUAGACGCAGUGACAUGGGAUAUCACCACAUGCCUCACCAUCCUCACCACCACCAUCAUCAUCACCACCAUCACCAAGGCUACGGAGAGGAGCACCAUUUAAAGGAGGAAGGAAAACCUGAUUGUCAAGCGGGUGUGCCAAUUCCCGCGACAAAGCCCAAAAUUUGGUCUCUCGCGGACACAGCGGCCUGUAAAACUCCACCUCCUAGCCAUUCCCACGCGCAUCAGCAUCACCAUCACCAUCAGCAGCAGCAGCAGCAGCAACAGUACCUACACCAUCAUCACUAUGGUCUCCAGCAGCAGCAACAGCAGCACCAUCAGCAACUUCAUCAUCAAAAUCUUCACCUAAACCAGCACCAAAACCAACCCUGGCAAUUGGGAUCGACAAAUCCGAGCACAGACAACUCGGGAGGAGGUCUCAGUUCAUUUGCGCUUCCCUCGUCAGCGACCUCAAUGAGUCCCUCUGGUACCGGUCCAACUCCUUACUCAAAUGUCUCGAGGUAUGGUGGAUUUCUUGGUUCCGCUAACCAACUCCACUACAGUUGCAAUUCAAAUCCAAAUCCUAAUCCAAACCCAAAUUUAAAUUCCUCUGCCACCUCUUCAGCUUCAUCCAGCACGGCGGUGGGGUUUCCCGAAGUUGGUACGGACACACCACCUCAAACCCCCCCGAACAUGAAGGUGGCAACACCCAAUGGUGUGAUCCAAGCAGCUCCAGCUCCAACGUAUUGCCCUGGUGGCAUCAUCACAACCGCCCUUCCUAGUAGUAAUAAUAAUAAUAAUAAUAAUAAUAAUAAUAAUAAUAAUAAUAAUAAUAACAACAACAACAACAACAACAACAAUACCACUACCAAUAAUAAUAAUAAUAAUAAUAAUAAUAAUAAUAAUAAUAAUAAUAAUAAUAAUAAUAAUAAUAAUAACAAUAGUAACAAUAAUCCUACGUCAACAAAUCAUUAUUCUGGCGUGACAAACGGAAUUCUCUCGGCCAGUACUGGAUAUCUUUCCUCAAGUUCGGUAUCCUCCGUCAGUAGCAAUUCUUCAUCAUUUGGAUCGAGACUCCAGAGUCCUCACAAAGAAUUCGGAAAUCAGAAUGGUCUACAUCAGCAGGCCACCGCAGAAGCUGCAACCGCAUUCAAACCCUUUUACAAAGAAUCACAAUCUAUGGCUAGUGGAUUCGUAUCGCCAGUUUAA